AUGGCCUCCUCUACCGGCCUUAAGCCGGCAAUCCUGAUCAUCUCAGACACAGCCUCCGUCAAUCCGGAGAGUGACAAGACGGGACCCGCCUUAACAGAGAUAUUUGCAUCAGCGCAGCAUUCAAACACCUGGGCCUCUCCUAUUGUCAAGAUUGUCUCCGAUGACUGUAAUCAAAUCCAAAGUGCCUUGAAAGAGUGGGCCGAUGAUCAGAAUGAUUACAUUAAUUUGAUUGUGACAAGUGGUGGUACGGGAUUUGCUGUCAGGGAUGGUACACCUGAGGCUGUAUCGCCAUUAAUUCAUCGCCAUGCACCGGGACUCGUGCAUGGCAUGAUUGCUGCAUCUUUGAAAGUGACUCCGUUCGCUAUGAUGGCUCGUCCUGUGGCAGGAGUACGAAACAAGACACUGAUUCUCACCCUCCCAGGUUCACCAAAGGGAGCCAAAGAGAACCUUGAGGCUGUUAUUAGUCUUCUACCGCACGCUUGCAUUCAAGCAGCUGGCGCCGACUCCCGUACCAUCCAUGCGAAAGGAGUCAAGAAGCUCGAGGAAGAUGCCGGGUUGACGUCUACAAACAAUCAAACAAAUAUAAAGGGAGAUGAUCAAAACACCGGUCAUAGCCACCAUCAUCAUCAUCACCACCAUCAUAACCAUCUUGGACAUACAGUCCCAAAGGCGCACACUUCCCCGAGUGAUCGACCACAGUCCAAUGAUCCCAAUGCAGGCCCGACCAGGAGAUAUCGGUCUUCGCCUUAUCCUAUGCUUUCGGUAGAAGAAGCGCUUAGAAUCAUAGUGCAGGAGACACCAGAGCCUACCGUAGUGGAAGCACCCAUUACAAUAGACCUGGUAGGCUCGGUACUUGCUGAGGAUGUAUAUGCAGGAGAAGCCGUUCCGGCGUAUCGAGCAAGCAUCGUUGACGGAUACGCAGUCAUUGUCCCAACUGAAGAAACCCAGGGCCCAAGAAGCAAGGGAAUUUUUCCCGUCGCUUCCGUUUCUCACGCCCAAGCAACAUCCAUGCCUCCGCCUCUUGAGCACGGCACAAUAGCACGAAUAACCACAGGAGCACCUCUUCCUCCAAACGCCAAUGCCGUAGUCAUGGUUGAAGACACUAUACUUGCUUCCACAACUCCCGACGGGAAGGAAGAAGCAACCGUCGAGAUUCUCACAGACGACAUUAAACCCGGUGAAAAUGUACGAGAAGCAGGCAGUGACGUGAGCAGAGGGUCCAAGAUCCUUUCCAAGGGAGACUUGAUAUCUGCUGUAGGCGGAGAAAUCGGCCUUCUCGCGUCGACCGGUACUCGGAAUGUCAAAGUCUUCAAAAAGCCUAUAAUUGGCGUAAUGAGCACGGGAGACGAACUAGUCUCCCAUGAUGACCCUACACCUCUUCACGGCGGUCAGAUUCGCGACUCCAAUCGCCCAUCCCUGCUUUCAUGUCUGCGUUCCUGGGGGUUUGACGCCGUUGACCUCGGAAUUGCCCGCGAUACACCAGCUGGAGAAAUCGAGCGCGGUCUCCGAGACGCAUUACGUGGAUUGACGCCUGCACAGCCAACAGCUGUAGACAUCGUAAUCACAACAGGAGGCGUGUCAAUGGGAGAAUUGGAUCUACUCAAACCGACCAUUGAACGCGCCCUCGGCGGCACCAUUCAUUUCGGACGAGUGUCCAUGAAACCCGGCAAACCGGCCACAUUUGCAACAGUUCCUUACAAAUCUAGCGUGUCAUCAACCACCCAGCAAGAACGCGAGAAGAGGCUUAUUUUCUCUCUACCUGGGAACCCGGCUUCUGCUCUAGUCACAUUAAACCUCUUUGUACUCCCCUCGCUACACAAACUAAUGGGCCUAGCCAGCAACGACCGACAGCAGCAGCAUCAGCAUAAUGCAACAACGGGUCUAGGACUCCCUCUUAUCUCAGCAAGGCUGACACAUUCAAUCCCCCUCGACCCGAAACGAACAGAGUACCAUCGCGCCGUUGUAACUGCAUCACGCAGCGAUGGUCUGUUAUAUGCAACGAGUACAGGGAUAGCCGGUGUUGGGCAGAGGAGUUCCAGGGUAGGUAGUUUGGCGAAUUCAAAUGCUCUGCUAGUCUUGCAUCCUGGUAAGGGGGUUAUUAAGGAGAAUCAGUCUGUUGAGGCGCUGUUGAUGGGGAGUCUGGUGGCUACUGAUUAA